GCAUGGCCACACGUGCCAGAAUCGCUGCUUACAAGGUUUGUUGGAAGGGAGGUUGUUUCGAUGCAGAUAUUAUGGCUGGCAUAGAUAAAGCCAUUGAAGAUGGAGUGAAUGUCAUUUCCAUGUCGCUUGGUGGUUCGACAUCCGAUUACUACAGAAACACUAUCGCCGUGGGAACUUUCGCUGCGAUGGAGAGAGGCAUAAUCGUGUCUUGCUCAGCUGGAAACGACGGACCUGAUUCCUCAACCGUGUCCAACGUCGCUCCUUGGAUAACCACCGUUGGUGCGGGAACCUUGGACCGUGACUUUCCUGCGUAUGUUACACUCGGCAAUGGAAAAAAUUUCUCCGGAGUGUCUCUCUAUAGUGGAAACGCAUUGCCUGAUUCGCUACUACCGCUCAUCUACGCUCGCGAUGCCAGCAUCGUUCCCAACGAGAGUCGUUGCUUGCCGGGCACCUUGCUACCAUCCAAAGUCUCCGGAAAGAUCGUUUUAUGCGAGGGUGGCAGUAGCGCGGUUCGGAAAGGAAACGUGGUAAAACAAGUCGGUGGCGCAGGGAUGAUUCUGGCUAAUUUAGCUACCGACGGAGAACAGCUAUUGGCUCAGGCCCAUCUCUUGCCGGCGACAGCCGUGAGUAAGAAUGCCGGCGACAUGAUAAAGGAGUAUAUUUCCUCGGAUUCUAAUCCGACGGCCACGAUUGUUUUCCAAGGCACAAAGGUGGGGAUUCAACCAUCACCUGUGGUGGCGCAGUUUAGCUCAAGAGGGCCGAACUCGAAAACACCAGAGAUACUCAAACCAGACAUGAUCGCACCAGGUGUCAACAUCUUGGCGGGAUGGAGUGGUGCUGUAGGACCCACUGGUUUAGAUGUUGACACGAGACGCGUUGAAUUCAACAUCAUAUCAGGUACAUCAAUGUCGUGCCCACAUGUGAGCGGUAUCGCAGCGCUCCUCAAAGCGGCGAAACCUGAUUGGAGUCCGGGAGCCAUCCGAUCGGCUCUCAUGACAACAGCCUACACCACCUACAGUACUGGCGCAAAGAUUGAAGACAUCGCUACCGGGAAAGCAGCAACACCAUUCGAUUACGGAGCAGGACACGUGGACCCUAGUUCAGCACUUGAUCCAGGUCUCAUCUAUGACCUCGCCGUCGAGGAUUACAAUGACUUUCUCUGUGCUUUAAACUACAGUAAAGAGCAGAUCUCACUCAUUACAAAGGGGAACUUUACGUGCGAUACGAGCAAAAGUUACAGCGUCACUAAUCUCAACUACCCUUCUUUCGCUGUCCAGCUCAGCAGUGGCAGUGUCGUUAAGCAUACACGGACGUUGACGAAUGUGGGCAGUCCUGCAACGUAUAAGGUAUCCGUGUCUUCAGAAACGGAAUCGGUGAAGAUAUCUGUUCAGCCGGAAUCUUUGACUUUCAGUGCACAAAAUGAGAAGCAAGUUUACACAGUGACGUUCACUGCAACUUCGGCGAUGACUUCGGGGACAAAUAGCUUUGGUCGUCUCGAAUGGUCCGACGGCGAGCACAUCGUGGGUAGCCCUAUUGCAUUUAGUUGGAAGUGACCAUUCAGGUUUGAG